GAGAGGCACAGAUUGUCUGAGCAGGGAGGAGGAGACACUGCAGGGACAGGGGCUGCUGCUUGCUGCUGCUGCUGCCACACACACUUGUUAUUCCCAUCAACUUUUUUUCUGCUUCUUUUUCGUCUCUUAUCUUGUGCUCCAGAGGAUUCUAUUAUUUUCCUAUUCAAGAAGAAGAAAAAAAAAAAUGCACUUCAAUAAUACAGAGCAUGCACCUGAUUCGAUGGGAAAGGACAGAUUUCCAGCAGAAGAAAACCAGAUGUGAAUGGAAAUACUAAAGAUUUUUUUUUCUUUCUACAUAGGACAAUACAAGAGACAGGAUACAGCAUUUGUUCACAGAAGGAGGGAGUUUUUUUUUCUUCUUCUGAAUCUGCAUCAAACUAGCAGUCUGUGCCAGGUCAUCUGGACCUUAAAAACAGUCCUUGAAUUGAAAUAUGAACUGCAGACAAGAGAGGACCUAGACAAGGUCUGCGUAUUGGAGAGAAGAGAAUAAGCUUGGCAGUGACUGGCAUCUAUGUAUGUGCAUGGCAGAGAAGAACUCUUGGAUGUAAGGAGUGUGUUGGAUGUAUUGGUGCAGUUGUAGCAGCAGAGGAUGGCUAUGAGGAAUAGAGUGAGGUGCAGAGGGGACAGAGUGAUGGGAUGCUAUAGACACAUUUUACCUCUGCUGGUGCUGAUGCUGCUUUGUAUGGACUGCUGCUGCAGAGCUCAGGUGUACAAUCUCAGCCUGGCUGUGGAUGAGGGUCUGCCACCUGGUACCCUAGUAGGAGACAUCCGUGCAGGACUGCCAGAGGGGAGCCCAGGUGAAGGGUUCUUCUUAUCAGAGGAGAGUGGUGAGUCCCCAGUGCUCAGGGACUUCCAGAUAGACACAGACACUGGAAUUGUAAGGACCCUCCGAAUUCUGGAUCGAGAAAGAAGAGAACGGUACAGUUUUGUGGCUGCCACCUUGCUGGGGGAGGUGGUGCAGGUAGAGAUCACAGUACGUGAUGUCAAUGAUCACUCUCCUACCUUUCCUGUACAAUCACUUAGUUUACAAGUAUCUGAGCUAACUCCACCUGGAACUACCUUCAGAUUACCUGCAGCUUGGGAUCCAGAUAAGGGAGAGCAUGGGUUAAGAGGCUACUCACUACUCAGGGGUAGCCAAGAAGCUGCCUUCAUCAUCAGGUAUGGGGAUAGCAUGUCUGGUGCAGGGGCUGCAGGGAAGGAGUGGGGUCAGGUAGCAGAACAGGUAAGGGGGGAAAGGGGUUUUUAUAGACCAAAGGCAACUCUUGAGGUUUUAAAGGAAAAAGAUCAGUCUAGCCAGGAACAUGUACAGGACGAAUCAGCAGAGUUUAGGACAACCGGUAAGGGAUUAGGAUCAGACAUUGAGGGGUCGUGGAUAAGAGGUGGUGAAUUGCUUUCAUUUGAUAACAGUAAAGAAGAAAAUAAGGACUCAGAGAGAGGGCAGCAGUGGGAGUCAGGUAUAGAGGAUGCAGAGGGGGGGUUUAAUGGGGAAGAUUUAAAAUCAACUGUCCUGGGGCAUGAUACAUAUCCUGGGGGUUAUGUGUAUGAAGUAUAUCCUGAUACAAGGGGAAAUACUGACAGUUCUGAUUUACAGGAAGAGGUUGAAUGGUCAUUUACUGAUUCUCGCCUCAAUCCUCUGGAUCUAGUGUUAGUACAUUGGCUUGACAGGGAAGCAAUUGAUAAGUAUCAGCUAGAGGUUGAAGCUUUUGAUGGUGGUUAUCCACGUAGAACCGGAAGACUUUUGGUAAACAUAACUGUUUUGGAUGCAAAUGAUAAUCCACCAAACUUUGACCAGUCUGAAUAUAAGGGUUGGGUGUGGGAAAAUGCCCCUGCGGGCACCUCAAUUUGUGCUGUUCAUGCAGUGGACCCUGAUUUAGGUAGCAAUGGGGAAGUCAUUUAUAGCUUGUGGUCAGGUGAGGAAUAUUUCAGUGUUGAAGAAAGUACUGGAAUUGUAAGGGUCAGUCGCCCUCUGGACAGAGAACAAAAAGCUCUUCAUCAGCUGGUAGUCCAAGCCAAAGAUGGUGGAUCCCAACCUGAAGUUUCUAGUGUGCUUGUCAUGGUAAAUGUCCUUGAUGUUAAUGAUAACAAACCCAGCAUACAAAUCACUCUACUCACUGAAAGUGGGCAACCAGAAGUAUCAGAAGGAGCAAGAAUAGGAGAGUACUUAGCAAGAAUUUCCAUUUCUGACCCUGAUUUAGAGCUUGAGGGAGAGCCCUGGGAAACCAGUAGCGAUAAGGGCAAUGGAAGUCGUGUAGGGAAGUUUCAAGAUAGUAGAGAAAAUGUUGGUGUGGUAGGACAUUCACUAGCAAAAAUACCACCUGUUGUAAAUAUCUCACAGAGCGAAAAUCCUCUGAAUGUUGCAGAAGAAAGACAACAUUUUAAUCCUGGAAGUACUGGAGCCCCUCAACAAGUAUCACUGACGUUGGAAGGUGCUGAUGGUGCAUUUUCUCUUCGUCCUGUUGGACCACAAGUGUAUUUUCUAUGUGUUGAUGCUCCUCUUGAUCGCGAACAAAAAGAUCUAUACGAACUGCGCUUGCUUGCUAGUGAUUCAGGCUCCCCUCCUUUACAGACUCUUAAAACAUUAUUUUUUAGUAUUACUGACUUAAAUGACCAACCUCCAAUGUUUAACCAACCUAAUGGAUACCAAGCGGCUGUUUCGGAAUCUGCUUCUCCUGGCACUGCUGUCCUCAGUAUUAAUGCCCAGGACCUAGAUGAGGAUGGCCUAAAUGCCAGAAUCAUUUACACACUGCAGAGCAGUGACUCUUCUACUGCUUUUAAACUAGACCCACAUACAGGGGUUCUGAGCAUUACAAGAUCAUUGGAUUAUGAAACAGAGACUGUAAUGAAUCUGGUGGUAAUAGCUACUGACCAGGGUAACCCUCCACUAUCAUCUAGUUGUCAUGUGACCAUAAUGGUUGAGGAUACCAAUGACAAUGAACCAGUCUUCUUACAACAGUUCUACAAUGCCACCUUGCAGGAACAUUCAGCUUUGGGGCACUGCUUUCUUCAGGUGAAAGCAACAGAUGCUGACUCAGGUUCUUUUGGUCAAGUUCACUAUUCUCUGUAUGAGAAAUAUCAUACCUUGAAGGAAUCUCAGAAGUUUUUUAUUGAUCGGGAUUCUGGUCAUAUAUGUGUGUCGCAAGAUAUUGACAGAGAAGGCGAUGUUGAGAGCUAUGAACUUCUGGUGAAGGCACAAGAUCAGGGUGGCUUAAGCGCGCAGGCUUUCGUUCGUGUUGAUAUAGAGGAUAUAAAUGACAAUGCACCUGAGUUUGAGACAACAAAUUAUGUGGCAAGCACCAGCAGCCACACUCAAGCAGGCACAGAAGUUGUUAAUGUGUUAGCGGAGGACAAAGAUGGAGGAAUAUUUGGAGAAGUACUUUAUGAAAUCAUACCUGGAGAGAAAACAUCACUGUUUACUAUUGACUCAUCUACAGGAAUAAUCUAUUUGAUCUCUGCUCUCAAUCAUUUGGAAGAUUCACAAGUGACCUUCUUUGUGUGUGCUCGAGACCAGGGUGGUCGUACAUCUUCUGUGAAUGCAUCAAUCACUGUUAAAAUUCUGAAGACUGCAGUGGCACCGGCUGUAUUUGAGAAAUCACGCUACGUGUUUGUAAUUGCAGAGGAUGCUCCACAAGGUAGCACUGUCGGCAUUGUCAAGGCCAGGGAACCUUUAAAUUCCAUGGAGCCCAUUUCAUACAGGAUAUUAUCUGGCGAUCUGCAAAAGAUGUUCUCCAUAAACCCCCAAUUUGGUAUUAUUUCAACAGCAAAGCAGCUGGAUCAUGAAACUCAGCCUGUUGUUGUGCUCACUGUCCAGUCCCAACUAGGAAGCUCUCCAGCCUAUAGCAGCACACUGGUCAAUGUAACUAUAACUGAUGUGAAUGACAAUCCACCUGUAUUUCCGAGAGAGAAUGACAGAAUAAGUGUGCAGCAAAACACUUCUCCUGGCAGUGCUCUGUAUAUAGCUCAGGCACAGGAUAGCGACAGUGGAUACAAUGGACUCAUCUCAUACAGCAUUGCAAGUGAAAACCAGGAUGUGUUUGUCAUUGACCCCAAUUUUGGAAUCUUGUAUCUCAAUACAACUUUAACAAUGGUGUGUGAACAUAUUCUGCUGAUAACAGCUGAAGAUAAUGGACAUCCUUUCUUAAGUUCUCUUCUUACAUUAACCAUCAGUGUCACAAAGCCAGACACAAUUAAUACUUUGACCUUUGGUAAUUUAGCGCAUCAAAUUGAAAUCAAUGAAGAUUUUGCAGUAUAUUCUAGAAUCCUCCAGGUGAAAGCAUACAUUGAAGGCGCACAAAGCCAACUGUCAAGGAUUAUUUACUCUCUGUGGCCUGAAAGCUCAGUACCAUUUGCAAUUCAUCGCAAUACCGGAUGGAUUUUCUUGCGUCGGUCUCUGGAUUAUGAAAGAACCAAUGUGUACAAUCUGAUCGUAGUGGCAAGCUGCGCAGACUUUGUAGAGGAGCAAACAGCUUCUACUUCAGUAAUUGUCAAGGUCAUGGAUGUAAAUGACAAUUCCCCUGCUUUCAGUCAAACCAUGUAUUUUUUCACCACUGUGGAAAGUUCUAGUCCUAAUGGAGUCAUCGGCACAAUCACAGCAUCUGACAGAGACUUUGGGAAAAACGGGCAACUUUCCUUUUCCCUCUUGUCCGAAGAAAAUUAUUUUCAAAUCAGCUCUAAGACAGGUGAAAUCAUAAAUUGUGCUGCUUUAGAUCGUGAAAAGCAAACACACCAUCAGUUUACUGUGCUAGUGACGGACCACGGUUCUCCACGUCGUAAUGCCACAACCACAGUUUACAUCACAGUUGCUGACCUUAAUGAUAACAAGCCAUAUUUUCCACAACUGCCAUUAGGAAAGCAACUGCAUGUCAAGGUUCCAGAAGGUCAGAAAGGACACAUGUUGGUGACAACUGUUUUUGCAAAGGAUCCCGAUGCUGGUGGUAAUGGGACAGUGCAGUAUUCAUUGUCUUCUGAUGAAGAUCUUGGUAAUUUUUUUAUUAAUACUUCUACUGGUGAAAUUUGGGCAACCCAACCUUUCUCAGUUAGCCUCAAGCCAUACUAUUGCUUAACAGUAACAGCAAGGGAUCAGGGGGUCCCUCCUCUGAAGGAAUCUGCAACUGUGAAUAUUCAGGUCAUUUCAACUACUAAAGAGAAAUCGAAAGGCAUUGUCGAACUAAAAACCUUGAAGAUUCCAGAGGAUGCAAAACCUUCUCAAGUAGUAGGCUCAAUAGUGUCACGUGAAAAGUUUUUAUCCAAUAAAAAAAUACAGUUACAAAUAUCUGAGGAAGAGCACAACAGCCAUUUUGUUAUUGACGGUUCCUCGGGAGAUAUAUACCUUUCCAGACCACUAGAUUAUGAAACAAGCCCAAACUACCUUUUACUCAUUAACAUACAGGACCAUACCAAGAUUCCUCCUCAAAACCAUUCUGUCAUCCUAAAGAUUGAUAUAGAAGAUCAGAAUGAUCACUCUCCUGUCUUUCCUCACCCCAUGGUAGUCAUUGGCUUUGAAGAGAAUGUACCUGUAGGAACUGUCUUAUAUACAUUUGAAGCAAAAGAUGGAGAUGGGAAUGUACCAAACAACAAGGUUAAAUAUUCAUUAAAAACAGAUGGACCCGGAGAAUACCCUUUCUUUAUUCACGAAUGGGAUGGAAGCUUGAUCACAGACAAAGAACUGGACAGAGAGGCGGUUGAAUCAUAUGUAUUUACAGUAAUUGCAACAGAUCAGGCCGCUAACAUAACACAGCGCCGACACAGUUCACUGACAGCGCAGAUUAUCAUUCAAGACGUCAAUGACAACAGUCCAAAUUUCCUAUCAUCUCCAGCUGCCUUUGUUAUGGAAGAUGCAGAAGUUGGCUCGCUUAUACAUCAUGUAGUAGCCGAAGAUCCGGAUGAGGGAAGGAAUGGAAAAAUAACCUUUUACAUCAUGGAUGGGAAUUCAGAGCAGGUUUUCUUGCUGGACCAAACAACAGGUUGGUUAACUUUAUCCUCCACAGUAGACCGUGAGAUUCGGGAGACUUAUAUUUUAACCAUUCUGGCUACAGAUAAUGGCACUCCAGUUCUUUCUGCUACACAGAUUUUGACAGUUACAGUGGGUGAUGUCAAUGAUAAGCCACCAACAUUUAAGCAGGCUGUCUAUGAAGCUGAAGUUCUUGAAAACCAGGAGCCUGGAAUGCAUGUAAUGAAAGUAGAAGCUGAGGAUAUGGAUACAGGAGUCAAUGCUAUACUUACUUACUAUAUUUUGCCAAGCCAUGAGCUUUUCAGAAUAAUACCUGAGACAGGAGAAAUUGUUACAUCAGCAACAUUCGACAGAGAAAAAAAGGACCGCUUUAUCAUUAGAGUAUUGGUGACAGAUGGUGGAACCCCCUCCUUCUCCAGCUCCACAACAAUUGUUUGUACAGUGCUAGAUGAAAAUGAUAAUACUCCUGAGCUUUUACUUCCUGAGGCUGAGAUCCAUGUCCCAGAAAACCAAGCUCCAGGAAUAAUUCACAAUGUGCUGGCUACGGAUAAGGAUACUGGCAACAAUGGCAGAGUGCAUUUCCAAAUAAUUGGUGGAAACACGGGCGGAGAUUUUGCCAUCAAUAACACAUCGGGGGAGCUCUGGGCCACACGCAGCUUAGAUCGAGAGGAUGUCAGCAAUUUUACCAUCACUGUGGAAUGCUAUGACUUGGGCAGCCCCCGGAAAAGCACCACAGCCAAACUGCACAUUAAGGUCUUGGACGAAAAUGACAAUCCACCUACGUUUUCCAAGAGCCAGUACCGCACAUCUGUCAGAGAAGACAUAACCAUUGGAUCAGUGGUUCUUAGCCUUCAUGCGUUUGAUAUAGAUGAGGGCUUAAACGGAGAAGUAAUGUACUCCUUGAUUGAUGAUACACAAGGUGCUUUCACUAUAAACCAAACAACUGGAAACAUCGAGACGACAAAGGCCUUGGACAGAGAACUUAAACAUCAAUAUGUGUUUAGGGCACUAGCAACUGACUGUAGCUUAUAUGGUCAAAAAAGUGCUACUGCCAAAGUUAUAGUACAUAUUGACGAUGCCAAUGAUAAUGAGCCAAUACUUGCAAUUAACCCUAUGCAGGUCCGUGUUUCUCCCCAACUCUCUGUAAAUACAACCAUCGCUAAUGUAUAUGCAAGUGACCCAGACCUGGGCUUAAAUGGAGCAGUGGUAUACAGUCUUGUGAAAGCUGAUCCACACUUUUACAUUAAUAGAGAAACAGGAGAAAUUAAAGUCAUUAAGCUGUUAUCCCCUGUUACCUUCACAAAUGCAGUUCUCAAAGUGGAGGCUUCAGACCUUGGUACUCCAGCAAAAACAUCCACAGGUCUUGUUACAGUUAUCCUAGAAGGAAUGGAAAUAAAUAUUUAUUUUCUCCAGAGUAUAUACGAAGCCAUAAUACUGGAAAACAGUAAACCAGGUUCAUCAGUUGUGACCGUAGAAGCCAUACACCAAAAUCCGAAUGGAGAUGCCAUAUUUUACAGCCUUAUCAGCGGUGACAAAGGGACCUUCAAGAUAAACUCUGAAACAGGAGAGCUCACAGUGAGGGAGUCUUUGCUACUUGAUGCAGAAGCCAACAUGAAAAUGAAUCUAGUGGUCGCUGCCACAAGCAGUACUUCUGUGGCAUACUGUGGAGUUUCAGUAUUGAUCCAAGACGAAAAUGAUAAUGUGCCAGUGUUUGACCGAGACCAUCACAUAACUUCUGUUUUGGAAGGUCAGGGAUACAACCUUUUUGUUAUCCAGGUUUUUGCCACUGAUGAAGAUAGUGGGAUGAACGGGCAAAUAGAUUACUCAUUUGUGGAUGGCAAUGAAAAUCAAGCUUUUUUAGUAGAUUUCAGAUGGGGCAUUAUUACAACUAAUGCUAUUCUUGAUCGGGAAAUAAAAUCCUCUUACAGACUUGUUGUACAAGCUGCUGAUAGAGGAUCACCAAGUCUUUCUGCAACAAGUAUUGUAAUGGUUUUGGUUGCAGAUAUAAAUGACAAUGCACCCACUAUUCCUCCUCUGGAGACCGUCUACAUCCAUGAAGAUGCUUCUCCUGGCCACAUUGUAAUGUGUGUAACCGCCAAUGAUGUGGAUCUAAAACCUAAUGUAUCAUACAGUUUUACUGAAGAUGGUAACCCUGGUAUGAAGUUUGACAUUGAUAAGUAUACUGGUGUUUUAACCCUUAUUGGGUUGUUGGAUUAUGAAGAAAAAUCACAGCAUCACCUUAGGAUCCAGGCAUCCGAUUCAGUACAUCUUACUAAAGCAGAGCUUAUCGUACAGGUGUUGGAUGUUAAUGACAACCCACCACAAUUUACCAAAGAUUCCUAUAAGGUAACGGUACCUGAAUUGACCGAGUCCAAUACAUUUAUCAUAUCUGUAACUGCUACAGACAGGGACUCUGAGAUGUAUGGGCCUGUUUCUUACAGAAUUAUUUCUCCACGUAAGGGAUUCGUAAUUAAUCCAACCACUGGUUCAAUACAUACAGAUACCCCAGUGGAAAUCAAGGACAAUAAUACAGUGAUUCCAAUUUUGGUAGAAGCUCAGGACAAUGGUUUCCCAGUUUUAACCUCAACUGUGAUUAUUGAGCUCCAGGUAUACGAUACAAAUAAUCAUGCACCAAUAUUUUCAGAGGAGGUUUACCAGAUCCAUGUCAGAGAAAAUACAUCCAUUGGGGAAAUCAUUCUCACUUUCACAGCGACGGAUUUUGACUGGACCCGUGAAAAUGGAUACAUUGACUUUUCGAUUGCUAGUGGAAAUUUGCAAAACAUGUUUAUUGUGGAAAGUGUUGGAAUUCUUUCCCAGCCUCCUUUUGUUGUUACUGGAAAACUAGCUAUAAAUGGGAUUUUGGACUAUGAAAUCAACAGAAACCAUAAGCUACUGUUAAUUGCCUCAGAUCGAGGAUUACCUUCUUUAAGUUCCAGCACCACUGUCCUGAUAUCUAUUAUUGAUUCAAAUGACAAUCCUCCUCUACUGCAGAGUAGUGAAUAUCAUGUUAGCAUCCAAGAACAUCAUCCCAUAAAAAGUGAAGUGAUAUCUGUUUCAGCCAAUGAUAUUGACAGUGGAGAGAAUGCAGAAAUAAUUUACAGUAUAGUGUCUGGGAAUGAUGAAGGAUUUUUCACAAUAGAUCCAAGAAAUGGUACUGUCACAUUAGUAUACCAUCUGGAUUAUGAAGCUGCAAUGAUCUAUACUUUAAUUAUAAAGGCUACUGAUGGUUGGGGAAAUGGAAAGCAUGAUGCCUUUUCAAAACUCUACAUAAAUGUGCUUGAUGAUAAUGACUUCAUACCAAAAUUCAUAUUCAACAGUUUAAGCUGCAGUCUAUAUGAAAACAUGCCCCCUUUUACACCAGUAUGUAGAGCCAAUGCUAUUGAUCUGGAUUCUGGGCCAUUUGGUGUCUUGAGUUACUCUAUUCCUUCAACUUGCCCAAACGAACCGAAAGGCCAAGAUACAUUUUUCAUAGACUCAUUAACUGGAGAUAUUUAUACCAAGUAUAAAGUUGACUUUGAGUCACAGAAGAGAUACUGCCUUAUUGUUCAGGUGAAAGAUAAAAGUGAAUCUACAGCUUGUAUUUUACUACAUGUGGACAUUAAUGGACAGGAUGAGUUUCCACCUGUGUUUCAUGAGGAUCAGUAUUUAUUUGAUUUGCCUCUAGAAAAUAAACCUGGAGAAAUCGUUGGUAAAGUGGGAGCUUCAGACAAGGAUGAAGGAGAUGAUGGUGUUGUCCACUAUUCACUUGAAAAACCUUCCCCGUUUUUUUCUGUUAAUGUUACGAGCGGAGCUAUAUAUCUAACCAGAAGUGUUCAUAAAAUAAGAAGUAAUGCUAAGAAAAAUGAUGACAUUUUGGAGUUAGUAGUAAAAGCUCAAAGCCCAAAGUUAGACUCAAAGUCAUCAACUUGUACUGUUCGAGUUAACAUUUCAACAGCUCUAGAGGGCUACUUUGGUAUGUCAGCAAACAUACUUUCCAUUAGUUUUAGCAUUUCGUUUGUGGUUUUCUUGCUACUGGCAAUAAGCCUUAUUGGAAUUAUUCUUAGAUACAAGCACAAAGAUGUAGUAAAUGCUUGUGGGAUAAAAGAAGCUGCCAUCCCUGCACUUCCAAAGUCAAAUGUUAAAGACUGCAUGCCUGAUGAAUGUCCAAAGUUUGAAAAUGUUAAGAACGGCAUAACUCCAGACACAUCAGAGUGGUUAGGAUUAGUUGGCAUCAGAGAAAAGAAAGACACUGGGAACAAAUGCAGGAAUUCAGACUCAAGUGGUCAUGGCUCCACAGAAGGGGAAACUGCUGAAGAUGAAGAAAUAAAGAUGAUCAAUGAAUAUCCUAUUAGAAAAGAAUCUGGCUCUGUUCUGAGUGAAAGAGGUUCACGAGUUCCAGACUCUGGAAUUCCAAGAGAGUCUGAUCUGCUUUCAUGUGAGUCAGAUGAAACAGAUGUGGUGAUUGGUUCAGAAAGGAAUGAAAGUGUUGAGAUUGUUAAGGAGGACAAUGGUAAUGGAGAGGGUCAAGUACAUUAUACCUGCAAAACAGAACUGCCACCCACCCACCACAGUAAUGACCCAAAUCCAAAGGACAAAAACACUUUGCCAGAUAUCAAUCAAGACUAUAUCUAUGUCCCCAUGUCCUAUGAUUCUAGAUACGGUUCUCUGGCAUCUUUAGUAGCUUCUGAUGAGGACUUGAGAGGAAGCUAUAACUGGGAUUACCUGCUUAGUUGGGAGCCCAGGUUUCAGACUCUUUCCUCUGUUUUUGGUGACAUUGGCAGACUAAAAGAUGAAAAUAUGAACAGGAAUGUACAAAAGCAAAAGAAGCCUUUUAUUUUCCCACCCCCUCUUAUUACAUCUGUUGCACAGCCAGGGAUAAGAGCUGUACCACCUCGAAUGCCAACUAUUAUGUCAGGACAAACCUUUGUAAAAUAUCCCCGUUCUCCAUUUUUCUCCAGUCUGGCAUGCCAGUCUUCAGUCAUGCCCCCAAACUUUUCUCCUUCCUUAUCUAUGCUCACAGUCCACACUCCUUCCACCUCGCCUGUGCAUUCAGGUCUCAGUGGAACUUCAGUGCCUGCUCUCUCUGAAGAAUUGCUAAUACAGCAAGAGUUUCAGGUGUAAAAAUGAAUGUUUUCAAUUAUGGACACUUAUGAGGAUCAGAAAGGGCAUGUCUAAACUAAUCAGCUUGACUCUGCAUUGUUUGUCAAUUGUUACAUUUGUACUCUACCUACAGUACAUUUUUUGAUACAGCAUACAUCUUAGCCAAUCAAAAAGUGUCAAGUAGGUUAUUGCUCUGGAUUUUACUUGCAGGCUAACAUUUUGUUCCACACAUCUAUACCUGUCCCAUGUAUGGAUAACUGUAAUCCCGCAACAGUGCAUGAACAGUUUCAAUCAAAACUCAUGUGUGCAAGCAGUAACUUCAUUGUAACUGGCCAGUAUUUACCAGCAUUUAAAUAUAUUAUAAUACUACCAUUAGUAGAAAUUAAUAUUUAUGGACUGCACUAAAGAAUUAUGUACAUGGACUGGAUGACACAUAUUGCCAUCUAUAAAAAUAACUGACAUUUACAGUUAGAGAAAUAACUGUAAUACAGAGAUCCUUAAAUUUCCCAAAUCUAGCUUUCUUAUAGAUUUGAUAUUGAAAUGCAGAAUUACUAAACUGUGAACUGUGUAUAUGGCAUUUAUUAGCUUGUUCCCUUAUGCUUGUGGAGCUCUUACUGUAUUCUGGGAGCCCAACAGAAAAAAAUUAACCCAGUGAGUCCAGAUGAAAACAAUGUUUGCUCCCAUAGUGGAUCUGGAAACACAUAGAAUGCGUUGUCCAGGCUGAGCAGCUAUGCAUAACAGUAAACACACCUCCAUGGCAAACAGAAAAAAAUAUAAACAUUUGUCACUGGGUACAGUAUACAUUUUAAAGACCUACACAUGCAUAAUGGAGUAAGAGAGAUAUGCUAUUUACAAAGUUGCUUAUUUCACUAUUCAGCCUUAUACUAAGGCCAUGAUUGGUGGAAAGAUUACAUUGUUUCAUAAUCCUAUACAGUAACUGUUAUUAUUGGUACAAUAUUUUAUUUUCCUAUAAACACUAGUAUGGAACCUGAUAGAGCUCAUUGUUAAAAACCACUCCAGCAGGAAAUAAAUGUAUACCUCGGCAAACAUAAUUUAUGGAGUGAAGAAUGUAUGUCUACUUAUGUACCGCUAUGGGUGAUUGUCAUAUUGCCAUAGUGGAUUUCAUUAAUGUAAAUAUGUUGAAAUUAGGUGGUUUGCCCAUACCGACCAGGUGUUAUGCAUAUCCCAGUUGAAAUUACUGUAUGGACUUUAUCAAUGGACUGCAUAGAUAAAUCACACCCUCCCAAGGGGGAUUUCUGUUUCACCCAGGCAUGUGGUUAAUGCACUGUGGUAAUAUCAGAGCCCCCCCCCCCCAUCAUCCCCAUGGCCACCAACCUUCUCCAGCUUUACUUUUGCUGUCUAUACUAAUCCCUUUACUACCAUUCAGUUGAUUAGGUAAAACCUACUCCAGCCCGCAGCACAACUAUUUAUAGAUUUUACCAUGCAGCAAGCUAGAGUAGCACAAUUAUACUUGUGUACUAAGAGCACAGAACAUAAUCAUAUGACAAAAUGCUGUAGAUCCAUCCAGAAGACAUGUGUUACCCUUGCUAAAUCUGGAUGUAUUUGAAAGAUACAAAACUAAGAUUAUUUUAACCUGAUACAGUAGCUAUAAUCUGGUUGCUAUGGGCAGCAACUCAAUUUCCAAUUAAUUUGCUGUUUAUAAAUAAAGUCCAAUGUAUUUUUAUGCUUUAUAUUAAUACAUCAUACCUUGAUGAAACGUUUGUAUCAUUUAUUUGUCAAUUUUUAAGCAAAAGAUAUUUAAACACAAUACAAUUUGACAUGA